AAAAGCUUAUAUCUCCAGAUCACUGUGGUAUGGGGCAACCAGGUCCACCGUCCAUAUGAUCUGCCUCUGUCUCAUGAGAUAGUAACUGCGCAUUAUCAGUACAUGUUUCUAUGAAAAAUUCAUAAUUUUCAGAAGGGUAUUGGACAAAAUGGGCUCUGUUCAUGCCAAAUCACCUCCUCAAAUGAGGAAUAUGACUCAGGAAAAUUGGAAACCAUUGGAUGAAGUAAAAGCUCGUGUAGACAAAAUUCAUUUUGAUGGAAUUAAACGAACUAAAGAUGAUGUCUUCCUUCAAGUAAUUGGAGAUCUUUUGAAGGCUCAAAACGUUCAAGAAGUAGUCUUAAGGGCCCAUGGCGUAAGACAACAACUGGAAACUCUUCAGGCAUUUAAAAGCAUUGACAUUAUUCUUGAUACUAGUAAAGGUCCCGAUGCAACACCUGAUGGAUUAGAAGUUAUUUUUAAUAUCAGAGAAAAAUCUAGAAUUGAUGGUAACAUUAACGUAUUAGCUGGAAAUAAUGAAGGCAGUUUACUUUUUAGAUUUUUACUUCCAAAUAUGUUUGGAAGAGGUGAAGCUCUAUCUGCUGAUUAUGAAUAUGGUAAAAAGACUGUUGGUUUCAAUGUAACAUCUACUAAACCAUUCUUAAAUUGGGCUAAACCUAGACUAAAUCAGUUUCUUUUUGGACAGACUACUGAAUAUCCAUGGAGUGGUUACCAAGAAAAAAUAAGAGGCCUUGGAGUUGAAUUUAUGUUUGAAUCAUCACCUCAAGUACAGCAUUCUUUAAAAUGGGAAGGAGUGUGGAGAAAUCUUCGCUGUCUUUACCCUGUAGUUCCUUUUGAAAUAAGGGAAGAAGCUGGCCAUAGUGUGAAAUCAUCUUUGAAGCAUAUUUUAUGUAUGGAUCAGAGAGAUGAUCCUUGUCUUCCUACUCGUGGCAGUUAUUUUCGUUUAUAUCAAGAAUAUGCUGGACUUGGUGGUAAUGUCAGUUUCCUUAAGCAUGAAAUUCAGUACCAAAUAAACAAAUGCGUUUUAGGUGAUUUAGUUUUACAAUCAACAUUAAUGGGUGGUUUAGUUCGUACCAUAGGAACUGAUCAGUCUGUAAGAAUUAAUGAUAGAUUCUUUCUAGGUGGACCAUUAUCUGUAAGGGGUUUCUCUAUGAAUGGCAUUGGUCCCCAAACUCAAGAUUAUUUUCUUGGGGCUGAAGGUUACUGGGCGGGAGGCCUUCAUGCAUAUUCACCUUUGCCUUUUCGUCCUCUGAAGCAAGUUCUUGACAAAAUAUGUAGAAUACAUAUAUUUUUGAAUACAGGAAACAUUGGUAAUUUUGUUUUUACUGACGAUUACCAUGAUAAUGCAAUGGUGCUUCUUUCAGGUCUAAGGUGGUCAUGUGGGAUUGGUUUAGUUUUCUCUGUUGCAAGUGUGGCUAGAUUUGAAUUAAACUGUUGUAUGCCUUUAUCGAGCCAGUCUGGUGAUAAAAUUAAAGAAGGCCUUCAGUUUGGCAUAGGCGUUAAUUUCCUGUAAAUGUAGUUAAAAAUAACACUUUGGAAUGAGCAAUUAGCAUAUUUUAGUAAAUGUCUGAAAAUAAUGUAUCUUAUAAAAACAUUUAAUUUAUUAUUUUUCAAGUUUAUUAUAGAGUUAGAAAUGUUAUUUUAAUAUAGAGGCUUUCUCUAACUCAGAAAUAAAUGAAUAGUUAUGGUUUAUUUU